AGUCAGUAUUUGAGAAACGACAUCGUUUUCGACCUUCAUAGUCUAGAGAAAUCAAUCCGGUCGGGACCCGGUGAUCGCUUCAUUCGGAAGGAUCGGUUUUUUAUUUUACAUCCCCCUCGUGGCCUCGUUCGCUGAGCUUCAGCAGUCACACCGCCGAUAGAAACCACCAGAUAAAAUCUCUUCAAAAUUUGAAAAAAGAAAUUUAUUUUCCGCGCCAGAAUAAAACCCCAAAGUCCCAAACCUCUAUGCAGCAAAACCUUCAUUCAAUUUCCAAAGCAGGAACUCUCACAUCGUUGAACCGCAAACGCUUUAUACGCGAAAGUGUUUUUCAAAGAAAAUUAUGGAGAAAGGCUUAAUAUCAGUAGAUCGAUGGGCGGAGGGCAGCCAAGCUUACUUCUUAACGCACCUGCACGCGGACCACACUCAAGGCCUAACUUCCACCUGGACCAAGGCUCCCAUCUUCUGCUCCCGCGUCACUGCCAAGCUCUUCCCCUUCAAAUUCCCCAACUUCAAACUCUCCCUUCUACGAGUCCUCGAUCUUGGGUCCUGGCACUCUCUCUCUCUCGUUUCCCCUUCCACUGGAUCAAAAAUUGCAGUCCAAGUCAUGGCCAUUGACGCUCACCAUUGCCCCGGUGCAGUUAUGUUCUUGUUUCGUGGAGAGUUUGGAUGCUUGCUCAACACUGGAGAUUUCCGAUGGGAAAAGAACAGCGAGAGGGCAAAAUUAGGAAGGGAAACACUGCUGAAUGCUCUUAAGGAUAAUGCGGUUGAUGUUCUUUACCUGGACAACACGUAUUGUAAUCCUUCGUAUGAAUUUCCUCCCAGGGAAGUUGCUGCUCAGCAGGUUGUUGAUAUCAUUACUUCCCAUCCAGAACAUGACAUCAUCAUUGGGAUUGAUACCUUGGGCAAAGAAGAUCUUUUGCUUCACAUCUCAAAUGCACUUAAUAUAAAGAUUUGGGUUUGGCCGGAGCGCCUCCAAACCAUGCAUCUUCUUGGAUUCCAUGACAUUUUCACAACCAAAACAUCUCUUACUAGGGUGCGAGCUGUCCCUCGUUACAGUUUUAGCAUCGAGACUUUAGAGGGAUUAAAUACAAUGCGCCCAACUAUAGGAAUCAUACCAUCUGGUCUUCCGUGGGUGGUCAAACCCCUUGAAGGAGAUGACAAGUUUUUUUAUUCUCUUUUAUCUUCUCGUUACAGCAGAAGCAAAGUGAGUUCAAAAGGUGGCAAACAGAAUGAUAAAAUCAAAGGCAAUUUAGGAUCUGUAAAAAGGUUUCAUAGGUACAUAUAUUCAGUCCAAUAUUCUGAUCACUCGUGCUAUCUGGAAAUAGAGGAGUUUAUAAAGCUUGUGCAGCCAACUAACGUGAAAGGCAUUGUAUCUUCAUCAUCGUGUUAUGUUGAUCCUCUUUAUUACUUUGGCUGCCUUUGCGGUGUAAACCAACCAUCACAAAGGUUGCACCACCAACAUCAAAAGAAAGAGGGUGGGGAUGGAGUUGUACCUGCCCGUACAAAUUCUAAGUUAGGAAGAGUUAGUUAUACUGAGGUAGAAAAGAAAAGGCAAAGGGUGGUUGAUCUUUUAGGAGUUCAUAAGAGCAAGGUGAGUGUGCUGAGACGAGCUCGGCGAGGUGUAAAGCUUGCCGAAAAUGAGUGUUCUGAUUAACUGGGGCCUAUUGUUGAAUAUUGGUGUAUAUCUAGUAAGUGGGCAAUGCUGUAAAUGAUGUUGACUGUUACUAGUAAUUGAGAAAUGUAAUUGUAGAAUGCAUGAAUUGGUUGAGUUGGUGUAAACUGUAAAGCUUUGGUUUUUUCCCUGUUAGCUGUGCCAAAUUUAAGGGUUUUGGUAAGUAGACUCUAGAUAAGUGGCUGCUCGUGUAUUUUGAGGCUCCACGAACUGUCAGAUUAAAAACGCUGAAGAGAUAUUGGCACCGUAGAGAUGUAUGGAGCUUGGACAAUGGAUUUGUCAUCUUACUGUUUAUACAUUAUAGAAGCUAGAUCAUGAAUAAGCAAUGAAUAUUUUCUUAGUUGUUAAGAGUGAGAUUGACCAACAAAUGGUUGGUUCAAUCGAUUAAAGUUCGUUUUUCUCGACGAAGAAGUCUUGGAUUCGAGUCUUGUUAGCGGUUAUUUGUUGGAUCAUCUCGAAUGCACGACUUGUAAUCAUUUGUCGUAAGUUGUUAGAUAUGAUAUAUUUUGUUUUUAUUUGGGGGACUGAACAGUUUAUUUAUUUUCGGACUUUUGAAUCAGUUGCAAAAACAAAG